AUGGCCACCACCACCACCCCCGCUGCAGCAGUCGUCUCCAAGUCCCACGACGCUGAUCUCCAGAUCGCUGCCGGCCUGGCCACAAAACUGAAUGAGAUGAAGCUCUCAGAACAAGACGAGCCCCUCCUCCGUCCCAACCCCCGCCGCUUCGUCCUCUUCCCCAUCAAGUUCCACGAGGUCUGGCAGAUGUACAAAAAGGCCGAGGCCUCCUUCUGGACUGCCGAAGAAGUCGAUCUGUCCAAGGACAUGCAAGACUGGGAGAACCGUCUCUCUGCCGAUGAGCGGUACUUUAUUUCGCACAUCUUGGCCUUCUUUGCGGCGAGUGAUGGAAUCGUGAAUGAGAACUUGUUGGAGCGGUUCUCGAAUGAGGUGCAGAUCCCUGAGGCGAGAUGCUUCUAUGGUUUCCAGAUCAUGAUUGAGAAUGUUCAUUCAGAGAUGUACUCGUUGUUAAUCGACACUUAUGUCAAGGAGCCUGAGCAGCGCGAGCAUCUCUUUGAUGCCAUCGAUACCAUUCCCUGCAUUCGCAAGAAGGCAGCCUGGGCAAUGAAGUGGAUCUCCGACUCCAACUCGACAUUCGCAGAACGUCUCGUCGCUUUUGCCGCUGUCGAAGGUAUCUUCUUCUCUGGCUCGUUCGCCUCAAUCUUCUGGCUCAAGAAGCGUGGUCUCAUGCCCGGCCUGACCUUCUCCAACGAACUGAUCUCCCGCGACGAGGGACUCCACACCGAUUUUGCCUGCUUGCUUUUCUCUCUCCUCCAGAACCGCCCUAACCAAAAGCGUGUCAAUGCUAUCAUUGUCGAGGCUGUGAUGAUCGAACAGGAGUUCUUGACUGACGCUCUCCCCGUCAUGUUGAUUGGAAUGAACGCCGUCUUGAUGAAGCAGUAUAUUGAGUUUGUUGCCGACCGUCUGUUGGUGGCCUUGGGUAACCCUAAGCACUACAAUGUCGAGAACCCCUUUGAUUUCAUGGACUUGAUCUCGCUCCAGGGCAAGACCAACUUCUUUGAGAAGCGUGUCUCGGACUACCAGAAGGCUGGUGUCAUGUCUGGCGCUGGUGCAGACAAGACCGCCAACACCUUCACCCUCGACGCCGACUUUUAA